AUGGCUCGUGUGAACGAGUUCACGCCGCUGUUGGUCGAUGACGCCCAGUUCAGCCCUCCCACGCGCCGUCGCAGCGUGUGGCAAUAUGUGUUAGCGGGAACGCUGGGUCUCGGCGUCUUGAGCCUGUUCCAGCAGCGGAAUUCUCCCCCCAUCGACGUCGCGGACGUCAUUGUCUCCUUCGACGAGACUUUGACCUCAGACGACGCCGACGAAAUGGCAUUCCGAGCCAGUAUGGAGACGUUCAAGGACCAGACCGAAGAUCCUUGUGUGGAUUUCUACCAAUACGCCUGCGGGGGGUGGCUGAAAGCUCACGAAAUUCCUGCAGACCGUCCGGGCAUCGACUCGUCCUUCUACGUCGUCUCGGAGAGCAACAAGGACACUAUUCGGAAGAUUUUUGACCAGAAUCCGCCGCAAAUUGGGCAAUUGUACCAUUCCUGUCUUAAUGACCAGGACGUGGACACUACUGCGGUGGGUUUUAUCGCUGAACUCAUUGAAAACGUCCACCGAGCCAAUUCCACACUUCAAUUACUGGAGUUGGCGGGUGAAAUGGACCAAUCUCUUGGGAUCAGCACGUUCUUCAGUGUGUCCGUGGGUGCAGACCCGGAGGAUCCAGCCACUAAUGUCCUACAACUAGCUCAAGGAGGACUCACUCUACCGUCAAGGGAAUAUUACUUGGAAGAGAGCAAAGUGGACGCUUUCGCGGCACUGUACGUGGACUAUGUGACCAAAUUAUUCGCAGUCGGAGGUCUAGAGAACCACAAUGUUAGUGAGUACGCCGAGGCUGUACUGGAGACAGAGACAGCGUUCGCCAACAUCUCGCUACCCAAUGCGGCGUUGAGGGACCCGUGGACGACCAAUACAGCGUACCCAUUCGCUGAAAUCGCUACGAGAUACCCGUUCUUGAUGGCGUAUCUCAAUGGAAUCUACAAGCUGGAGCCGUUCCCCAUGCUCUAUGCCAUCAUCGCCACGCCAAGUUUCUUCGAGGUGCAGAAUGAACUGCUGAGCGAUGACUCGCUGUUACCGCAGCUGAAAAACUACGUGAGUUUCCACCUGAUCGACUCGUUCGGAGCCGUUCUAGGGGAAUAUUUCCGUCGUGCGAGUCAUGAAUUUCAUGGCAAAAUUCAAGGCGCUGGAGCUCUCCUUCCUCGAGAUCAGUUCUGUGAGCGUCUGACGACGACGUUUUUGGGCGAUGAGCUGGGGAAAUAUUACAUGCAAGAGGUGUUUGGACCCGACGCGAAAGCUGCAGCACAAGCUCUGGUGACGGAGAUCGAGGAGUCAUUGAAGGCGCUGCUAUUGACCGAGUCGUGGCUGGAUAAAGUCACGUACGACGCAGCUGUGGACAAGCUGAACAAGGUCAAGAAUUACAUUGGAGGCCCCGACGAUGUCCCGCCGCUACCGUUUGAGCUGCAAGCCGACGCGUUCUUUAACAACGUCAAGAGUUUGAUGCAACUCAGUGCAGCAGCGACCAUUGAAGCUGUGGGCAAGCCAGUGGAUGAACAGGCCUGGGAUAUGUUCCCGUCGACAGUCAACGCGUACUACGACCCGAGUGCGAACAAGAUGGUGUUUCCUGCUGCCAUCUUACAGCCUCCGUUCUACAGUCCUGAGCACUUCCCGGCAGCUGCAAACUUUGCUCGUAUCGGAAUGGUGAUGGGCCACGAACUCUCGCACGGAUUCGACGACCAGGGACGCAAUUACGAUGGCAACGGAGCGCUUCGCUCCUGGUGGACGCCGUCAAUUUCUGCCGAAUUCGCAGAGAAGACGCAGUGUUUGGCAGCUCAGUACUCGUCGUUCCCUGUGGUCUCAACUGAAGACGGACGUGUGCUUGGUACUGUGAAUGGAAACCUGACACUAAGCGAGAAUAUCGCUGACAAUGGAGGCAUCCACCUCGCGUACGAAGCCUAUCAACUUUGGAAAAAUACAUUUGCGACGCCUCCGGUCGUACCUCCGCACGAGACUCCAGCGCCUCCGGUAGAACCGCCAGUGCCGCAACUGACCGCCCCCCCUCCAGUCCUUCCUGUCCCUGAAGCACCUGAGCCGGCGCAGACCGAACCAAGUGGAGAGAUCCCUGUACCUACUUCACCGCAGCCAACGGAUGUCGAACCGGGACAAGUGAUUCCUGACGAGAACUCACCCGCUCCGCAGCUGCCGUAUCCAGAGCAAACGCCUGCCCCGACGGAGACACAACCAGCUACGGAAGCUCCAGUUGUGACUGCACCUCCACCGACAGUGCCUACUCCCCACAAUGUCCCUGAUACGCCACCCGUUGUGCCUGAUGUGCCGCACACUCCGACGCCUCCUAAUGUACCUGACAUCCCGACGCCACCCGUUGUGCCUGAUGUGCCGCACACUCCGACGCCUCCUAAUGUACCUGACAUCCCGACGCCACCCGUUGUGCCUGAUGUGCCGCACACUCCGACGCCUCCUAAUGUAUAUGACAUCCCGACGCCGCCCGUUGUGCCUGAUGUGCCGCACACUCCGACGCCUCCUAAUGUACCUGACAUCCCGACGCCACCCGUUGUGCCUGAUGUGCCGCACACUCCGACGCCUCCUAAUGUACCUGACAUCCCGACGCCGCCCGUUGUGCCUGAUGUGCCGCACACUCCGACGCCUCCUAAUGUGCCUGACAUCCCGACGCCGCCCGUACCGACACAACCGCCUGCAGUUGUGCCACCGCCACAGCCGAAGCCGAGUGAUGCAACCCCUGACGAGACCUCAAAGCACAAGCACACGGAGGAAAAAGAGGAGCAGAAGCAUAAACAUUCAGAAAGUGACUCUGAAAAAGACAAGAAACAUGACAAAUCGGAGUCGAAAGAGGACGAGGCGAAGCACUCAACUGGCGAACCUAACCAAGACAAACAUGACAAAGACGGGAAUUUGAAGAAAGAGCAUGAAAAAACUGGCAAAGAGGGCACGAAGAAGGAGCGACAUCGUGAAGACUCGGAGAGUGAGGACGAAUCUGAUGGCCAUCAUGACAAGAAGCACCGUCCCGAGGACGACAGUGAUCAAGGUGGUAAGCACUAUCACGAAAAGCACAAAAGCGAGGGUAAACCCGGUCAUGGUGCACACGAAGACGAGCAUGAACGACAUCAAGAUCGUCACCGUCGCGACGAAGAAGCGGAGGACAGAGGAAGUCAUGGAGAGAAGCACCAUGGUCAUAAAGAUGAUCGUGACUGUCGUUGCGGCAAGCAUCAGCGCCACUGGGAUGAAGAUGAGGAGGAAAGUGAGCACCACAAGCACGAAAAGAAGACUGGACAUCAUAGAGAAGAACGAGAAGAACGUUGGGAGGAAUGCGAUUGUGGACGAGAGAAGCACGAGCGACACCGCCACCAGCACAAACAUCACGGGGACAAGGACUGGGAGCUCUUACAAAGCAAGUAUCCGUUUUCAAGCGGCGACGCGAGGCUCCACACUAUGGUCCAGAAGCUAGCUCGUGCUAUGGUGCAGUCAAGUGACCCCGUGGCCGAUGAUCAGCUGUUCUUUACGGCUUUUGCCCAGAAUUGGUGCGAGAAGCGCUCACCUGGCUACGCAGAGCUGCUGCGAACGAUCGACCCUCAUUCGCCUGGGAAGUGGCGUGUGAACGGCCCACUGAUGAACUACGACAAGUUUGCCAAGGCGUUCUCGUGCCCUGUGGGGACCCCCAUGAACCCCGAGAAGAAGUGCGUCAUUUGGUAA